CAAAGCGUACACUACCAUUACAUACACUCUCACAUGGUAGUUCUUUUAGAGAGAGAGAGUGUACAUGCCAUUUGUUAUACCGGAGAGAGCACUAUUCGGGUUCUCCAAGGCCAACCACUGCUCUUCUCUCUCUGAACAGAGCCCACUUUUAGUGCUCUCUCCAUUUCUCUUAUCAGGAUUCUCCUUUAUCUAUUUGUCUCUCCCCACUUUCUUCCUCUUAUGAGAAAAACCCAUCAAUUUUCUUUAGAUUUCAUACCCUAAUUUUAUGUGAUUACUUAGCUUUUAUUACAGUUUGCAAUCAAGAUCAUGACACAUUAAUGGGUGCCAUUGCUUGUUAACAUAUCUAGUACAUUAUCAAGUGGUUAGCUUGUUGCAUUGGAGAUCUAAUUUGCUGUUGGGGUAGGCCUAUCUUGUGUCUGAAGUUAUUAAAUAGCAAAGGUUAGAAACUGUGGGACAUAGUAGUAAUGCUUGACUCGAAAUUUGAGGAUUGGUGUAAUGAUGGCUUUGGGGGUUCACAUCAUGAGAGCUGUAUUUUUUCAGAAGUUUUCUUCGGGAAAAAAACUGGGGACACAAGUAAGGGGAGUCUUCUUAGUGGUUCAAUUAAUUUUGAGAGUGAGGACAGUAGGACGGCUGAUAUUUUAUGCUCCAACAGCGAGAACUCAGCCAUAACAAGUCAGUCCUCCUCCAAAAGUUCUUUGGUGGAGGAUUCUGAUAUGAAUGAGAAUUCUGGAGGAGCUUCUGCAGGUUGUUUUGAAGAAAGACUAGAGAGAGAUGACCAGAAGAUGAGUGUCAAGCGAAUGAAGUUUUCAGUUGAUGGCCCAUUCAUCGCUGAACCUGAUACAGUAAAAGUUUUUCCUUCAUCUAUGCAACCUAAAGAGAUUGCUAAUAAUGAGCCUGCUGUUGAUGCAGACUCGGCUACCCAAACUAUAGCGUUAUAUAUAGUUGAAUCAUCCUGUCGGGGUGCGAUAUCUUGUUGCCAUCUGCCAAAGCAACAAGUAGAAAUGGACAGAGGUGGUGAUGCACAUGAAAAGGAUACACCAAAAUGCAGUUCACUGAAUGCUGAUGGAAAUGCUGGCAAGGAGGUGGCUAUUUGUAAAGCUAUUGCUUCACCUGUUUCCCAAGAGAGUUUUGCAACCAAGCUUUUGCUUCCAUAUCCUUCGGCAGCAAUUACAGAUAGGCCUGGGUCUCCUAUUCAUGUUGAGGAAAGAUUAAGGGAAUUGGAGUCACCAGGAUUGGAUAUAUCCAAUACCUUGAAGAUGGAUUCUAAGAAGGAUCCUCGUCCUUUUCUCCAGAGCCAUAUCAUUCAUUUACUUGCAGCAUUGGGCUGGUGUAUUGAAAGGCGUAAGAGACCUAGUCGGAAAUAUCCAGAGACUGUCUAUCGAUCUCCUGAAGGAAGGAUGUUUCGUGAAUUCCCUAAAGUUUGGAGGGUAUGUGGUCAAACUUUAUAUGCAGAUAGAUACAAUUUGGUGAAAGAAGAAAAUGUUAAGGAAUGGACUGAUAUAAGUCAUUUUUGGUCUGAUCUCUCAGUUGCGUUAUUGAAUAUUGAGAAAGAGAUAGAUCAAACUGAUUUUGUUAACACAUUGGCUCAUCAGUGGAGUCUUUUAGAUCCCUUCGUUAAUGUUGUAUUCAUUGAUAGGAAGAUUGGUUUAUUGAGAAAGGGAGAUACUGUCAAAACUGCAGGAAGCUUGGUGAUUGACAAGCAUGAGAAAAAUGAUGCUAUUAUGGCCUUGGCGAGUGAGGAUGGUUUGCAAAACCAGUCUGAUCUGAGAAAUUUGUUGCCUUGGCAUGGUGAUCCUUCUUUAAGUACUCAAAGUGCAUCAGAAAUUAAUGAAAAAAAUUACCAUGCCUAUAUUCAGCAAUCUGGCGACAGGAGUUUCUCAAAAUAUGAUGAACAGAAAAAUGGGGUUGCGAGAGGUCAGGGAAAUGAUUCUAUUUAUGUAGCUGAGAAAGAAGGAAUGUGUUUAGUUGAUGCUGCCAAUGGGAUGGGAAAUGAGCCUUUCAGAAUGUGCAUGGACAAGGUAAGCUGUGUUGAUGUGACUUCCUUACUACCUUGUGGGUCAGAAAGCACUUGCGCUCAGUUGUGUGGUUGUGUUUGCGAUGUCUCUGUCACUAAUGGAAAUAUUAAUGUGCUGGGGGGAUCUGAAUCUGUUUCCCCUCAUCAAGAUAGUAGCUUGGUUGAUGCUGAUGAUGGCGUUGGUCACUUAGAUUUUUCUUAUGCUCAAGGUGAACCAACUUAUACUCGACUUGUAACUUCGGAUGUUGCGCAGAAAACAGAGCUCGGUGAAGAGGAUAGACAGUGCACUCAAGCUUCUAGUUUAAAAACUAUGGAUAGAACUGUUGUUAUGAAAAAGAAGACACGCAGGAAGUCCAGAAAGAUAUCUGAAAUCAGAUCAGCCCCUUUAUGCCAAAGCAAUGAUGUUCAGUUGGAGCCAAAAGAACUGAAGGAAAACCUUGCUAGCAACUCAAGAACUAAAAAGAGCUGCAAGAAGAUCUCACCUCUUGCUACUGGCCUACAUCAGGUAAACAGAAGAGGCCCAAAGAAGAAGAUGCAUCAUAAUCUUGAUGGUUGUAAAAGCGGACGAAAGAAACUAAAUGAAUGCCUAAUUAAAGAUGAUGACUUAUUGGUGUCUGCCAUUAUUAAAAACAAAGAUUUCAGUGCGGAUGCCAUCAAAUCUACUUACAAAAAGAAGGCAUUCAAAUCAAGAGCUCGGAAAAAGAUUAAGAAUAAGAAAGGCAGCUGUAGUUUACUCCCUAGAAAUUUUAGCAAAGUGGGGAAAGGUUACAGCAAUGGUAAGUGGUCAAUAAUGCAAUCUAGAACGGUUUUGUCAUGGUUGGUUGAUGUUGGGGUUAUAUCUCUAAAUGAUGUGAUCCAGUAUCGAGAACCUAAUAAUGAUGCUGUGGUGAAAGAUGGUCUGGUCACAAAGGAUGGCAUCAUGUGUAAAUGCUGCAAUACAAUGCUUUCAGUUUCUAAGUUUAAGAAUCAUGCUGGCUUCAAGCUAAGUCGUCCAUGUUUAAAUCUCUUGAUGGAAUCUGGAAAGCCUUUUACUCUAUGUCAGCUGCAAGCAUGGUCAUCAGAAUACAAGACCAGGAAAAACACGACUCCAGUGGUGAGAGCUGAUGAUGAUGAUGAAAAUGAUGAUUCAUGUGGACUUUGUGGUGAUGGUGGUGAGUUGAUAUGUUGUGAUAACUGUCCCUCAACCUUUCAUCAGGCGUGCUUGUCUACAGAGGAGCUUCCUGAAGGCAGCUGGUAUUGCUCAAACUGCACUUGUCGGAUAUGUGGGGAUUUGGUUAAUGAUAAAGAUGCUUCCAAUUCUCUUGGUGCAUUGAAAUGCUCACAGUGUGAGCACAAAUAUCAUGAAACAUGCUGGAAAAGGAAAAAUAUACAUAAAGAUGCGGCUUCUGAUUCUUGGUUUUGUGGUGGGAGCUGCCAAGAGGUUUGCUCAGGUCUUCAUUCCUAUGUAGGAAUCAGUAAUCAUAUUGCUGAUGGCUUUUCUUGGUCACUUCUAAGAUGCAUUCAUGAGGACCAAAAAGUUCAUUCUGCUCAACGGCUUGCCCUUAAGGCGGAAUGCAACUCAAAAUUAGCUGUUGCUCUUACUAUUAUGGAGGAAUGCUUUCAAUCUAUGGUAGACCCAAGAACAGGCAUAGACAUGAUACCUCACGCUUUAUACAAUUGGGGGUCAGAAUUUGCUCGUCUUAAUUUUCAUGGAUUCUACACUGCAGUCUUGGAGAAAGAUGACGUUCUUUUAUCUGUAGCCUCCAUCAGGGUACAUGGAGCAACAGUUGCAGAGAUGCCUCUCAUUGCAACUUGUAGCAAUUACCGUCGUCAGGGCAUGUGUCGACGCCUUAUUACUGCUAUUGAGGAGAUGCUAGUCUCUUUUAACGUGGAAAAGCUGCUUGUAUCUGCCAUUCCAGAUUUAGUGGAGACAUGGACAGAGGGUUUUGGCUUCACACCAGUAAGUACUGAUGAAAAGCGAAGUCUGAACCAGAUAAACUUGAUGGUGUUCCCAGGAACAGUAUUGCUAAAGAAACCUUUGCUUAAAAUAAACAAGGCAAAUGCACAAUUGGAACUCAGUGCUCCACCAAAGGUUGAAGGAGCAACUUUUAAUGCUGAGGGGCAUAACAUUGAGUCCUUGCAGCAAUUCAAUGAAAGUGAUGUCAAAAUGGAGGCUGAACUUGUUGAAAGCCAAGAUAUUCAAGAAUCGAAAGUUAGUAUUGAUAGGGAAAUAACUAAUGGCGUCAAUGGUGUUUGUUCCAAUCAAGAGGUUCCUAUUGAAUCAGUAGAGCCAUCUGACACAAAAUUUUGCUCAAAUGCAGAUGCUGCUAGACUGGAGGAUAAGAAUUUGACAGUAGGGGAAAACCAAGGUAGCAAUUUGCAGGAACAAUUUUCAAAGCUGUUCUGCAUAGAAUCUGUUUCAGAAGUAGGAAAAAACCAAGCUGAACUUGCUUGUAAUAUUCAUUUUGUAAAUGAUAAGCCUUCUAUAGACAGAAAGCUACAAGUUUUUAAGAUAAAUGAGAAGUAGAAAUAAAUUUGCAAAUUUUGCCAAAUUUUCUUUUGUUUGUCGUGUGUGUGUCUGUGUGUGUAGGAAAAGGAAAGGGUCAUGAACUGGACUCAUUUUUAGCCAAUUUUGAAUAAGGGAUGUGAUUGAGAAUCAUGAUGCUUAGAGUUUGCUUUUGUUUAAAUGUGAUCUGAUAUUUGAGUUGGCCCGUGUAAA